AUGAUUAUCUCAACCUGGAAUGUAAAGGGCAUGAAUAGCCGUGAUAAAGCCAAGGAAGUCCAACGCUUUCUUGAGAUAAAUAACGUCAGUGUGAUAGGGUUGAUGGAGACUAAGAUUAGAGAAGUAAAUGCUAAGAAAAUCUAUAAAAAGCUUGGCAAUAAGUGGAAUUGGAGUUCCAACUAUAAUCAUCAUGAGAAGGAACGAGUAUGGGUUAGUUGGAGAUAUGACAGAUGUAAGCUAGAAACAUGUGAGACUCAUCAACAAUACAUUGCCACAAUAAUCAGCCCCAUUAACAUGGAGGAGAGCUUUCAUGUCGUCUUUAUUUAUGGUCUUCAUAGUGUAAGGGACCGAAAAGAGCUUUGGUUAGAGUUGCUGCGAUUAAGCCACAACACCCCUUGCCUCUUCAUUGGUGAUUUUAAUGCUAUAUACAAAGAGGAGCACAGAAAGAAUGGCUCACAGGUUCAACAUAUGAGAUUCAUAGAGCGAGGUCAUAAGUUCUCCUGGACUAAUAAGGAGAAAGGGGAAAAGCGCACCUUAAUAAAUCUAGAUCAUGCUAUAGGGAAUCUCCAACAGAUGGACAGGUAUAGUCAAGUGAGUGUCUGUUAUGCUAAUCCUCAAACGUCAGAUCACACUCCCAUUAUUUUGACCCUCACCCGUCAAAACCAGAAGGAGAGCAAGCCAUUCCGCUUCCUCAACUAUUUGUGUGAGCACCAGGAUUUCCUAAAGGUGGUAAGGGAGGCUUGGCAGACCACAACUAAAGGCACAGGGCUGCAGAAGCUUUGGUACAAGAUGAAAAAUGUCAAAAUAGGCCUAAAACAGUUGCACACAAAGGAGUUCUCAGGGAUCAACGAUAAAAUUAAAGAGUGGGAAGGUAAUCUUUAUAAUAUCCAAACUGCAAUGCAAACUAGCCCCAUGGCUGACGAGCUUCACCAACGAGAACAAGAAGCAACCAUACAAGUGAGAAGGUGGAGAAAAGUUGAAGACAUGACGCUUCUUCAAAAUGCCAGAAUCAAUAAAAUAAGAAAUGGAGACGAGAAUACUGCUUACUUCCAUGCUACCAUCAAAGAGAGGCGGGCUUCUAUUACUAUCUAUGAGCUUCAAGAUGCUGAGGGCAAGUGGCACAACAAUACAGGAGAGAUCCACAACGAGAUUACCCAGUUUUACCAAAAGCUCCAAGGUACGACGGUUAUUAAUCUUCAGAUGAUCGACAAGAACAUUAUGAGAGAAGGUCGCCAAAUUAAUGCCAGCAACGGUCAGAUUCUUAUCCAGGAGUUAUAUUCCUUUAUCGAUGGAACGCUGACGAUCCAAGUAGAGAUGGUUCUUUAG